CACCGUGUUGGCUCGCUGGGAUGACCCAAUCUACAGAUUUGUCGGCGCAAGGCCCUUGGUGGACACCGCCCGCUGGAAUUGGAGGCUCAGCGCAACCUAUACCCACGGCUGGGAAUCUUGAGGCCUACAAUCUGCAAACUUGGGGAUUGGAUUCUCACCCGCCUGGUGAUUUCCUUGGUUUCUAUACGAACACAUCAAGCAACAAACAAGCUGUGGAAAAUGGGACUUCAUCACAACCAAUCAAAGUUGGUGAUGACACCAACACUAAUGAUUGUGCAAGGACUGAAAAACGUUUGCUAUGGACAAAAGAGGAGGACCUUAGAUUGGUCAGUGCUUGGUUGAAUAAUUCAAACGAACCAAUCCAAUCAAAUUAUAGGAAGAACAAGCAAUAUUGGAAACAGGUUGCUGCUGUCUACAACAGUACCACACCAAAAAACAGGGCAAGGCUAGUCAAGCAUGUGAAGGAUCGCUUCGCGAAAAUUAAGAAAAAAGUUGCAUGGUUUUGUGCAAGUUGGAAGGAGGCUAAUGCUUUGUAUGCUAGUGACGAAUCUGAUGUAGAUUUAAAGAAGAGAGCAAUGCAAACUUAUGAGGCAGAUCACAAAGAAGAUGGCCCAUUUAUGUUUGAGCACUGUUGGGAGGAACUCAAAGAGCAACCAAAAUGGGACGCAUAUUUGGAACGCCUAGAAGAUCUGGAGCCAGUGUAGAGAAAAUUUAGUGUUGAUGAUGAAGUGGGGAACCAUUUCAGUCUUGAUGAUGCUCGAGAUGAACGACCACCAGGUGGCAAGCAAGUUAAAGAGCAGCGGAAACAAAAAAGAAAGAGUGAAAGUUGUAUAAUAGAUCUUGAAGGUGAGCUUAGCAAGUUUGUAGAUGCCCAGAAUGCAGCAAAUGAAGGCCGCAAAGAGAUGUUAGAGACACAAAAGCGUGUGUAGUGAAAAUCUGGAAGCUCGGAAGCUUGCGUGUGUUGCAGCAAAAGAUCACAAGGAGUCAGUCAUACUAGAGACUUAUCGAUCGUUGAUGAUGCAAGACACAACUAGAAUGCCCGAAGAUGUGAGAGCUGAGCACGUGUUGGCAUUAAAAUGCUUCAGGGAGAGGUUAUUUGGUAACACUAACUAAGGACUAUGCCAGGAUGUGGUGAUUGCUGCAGGUUCUACCCUAGAGGUGCAUUCUCUAAUC